AGAGAGAUAGAGAGAGAGCUGCGCAGCACUGCGAUGGAAAACUGCUCCGAGUUGGAACCUAAAUAACUUACUGAAAUUGAUGUAUUACUUAAUGAUUAUAAUCUUUUUAGAAAUGUGCCGUUGUUUUGUGUACAGGUCUAAUUUAACUCUCGUAAUUUGUUCAAAAAAGUUGUUGUUUAUAACUGGAAUAAUGGUGCGUGUGCAUGAUGAUGAUGACUCUCCAGAGAAACUGGCUCUUUACUAACUACGUGAUGAGGUCGCAAGGAAAUGGGCCCCUAAAUAGACUGUUGGUGGCAGCAAAAAGGAAAUACAUGGACACCGAAUUACCCCCUCAGGAAUCUGAAGAUCUCUUUCAAGAUUUAAGUCAGCUUCAAGAGACAUGGCUCACAGAAGCCCAAGUACCUGACAGUGAUGAACAGUUUGUUCCUGACUUCAUCUCAGAAAACUCAGUGGCAUUCCACAGCCCGCCGGUGAAGAUUAAGAAGGAGCCUCAGAGCCCGGGCUCAGACCCCAGCCAGUCGUGCAGUCACAAGCAGAGCUUCAGCUAUCCUAGUGGAGAGCAGUGCCUUUACGCCAGUGCCUAUGAACAAAAGAGAGCAGCAGCAGCAACAUCAGCAGCAGGACCCAAAACCUCCUGCCCUGGCACUCCUAUGUCUCCCAUGCAGCAUUACUCCCCAAAACCAAUGGUGGGCACCCGUCCUGAAACGGGGUACAUGAACUCUCCUUCUGCCAGUCAGUCACACCCCAGCCACGGCCAGACUUACCCCAUGAAUCCCAGCUCCAGGUUUCCAACAGGCUCAGGAGAGAUGUGUGCCCCAUUUGGACCUCCAGGUCAAACUCUGCAGCGUAUGCCCUCUAACCCUGCAGGAGGUGCAGGCACUGGGGGCAGCAGUGGGUACCAUCGGCAGCACUCAGACCCCUGCAUGCCCUACCUCCAGCAGAGCUUCAAGCAGGAAUUUUUGGACCCACUGUAUGAGCGAGCGGCCCACAUGAGCACAGUGGCCCCUCAAAGGUUCCCACCAGCUCAUAUGAUGGUCAAGCAGGAACCUACUGACUACAAUUAUGAACCUGAUGUGCCUGGGUGCACCUCUAUGUACCACCACAACGAAGGCUAUCCUAAUACCCAGCACAACAAUGAAGGCUACAUGUUUGAAAGUGAUGCCCGUGUUGUUCCAGAGAAAUUUGAAGGUGAGGUGAAACAGGAGGGCAGCAGCGUGUUCCGUGAUGGUGCCCCCUAUCAGCGGCGUGGCUCUCUACAGCUCUGGCAAUUUCUGGUCGCUCUUUUGGAUGACCCUGGCAAUGCACACUUUAUUGCCUGGACUGGUCGUGGCAUGGAGUUCAAACUCAUAGAGCCAGAAGAGGUGGCCAGGCUCUGGGGGAUGCAGAAGAAUCGUCCAGCCAUGAAUUAUGACAAACUAAGUCGCUCCCUGCGAUACUACUAUGAGAAAGGAAUUAUGCAAAAGGUGGCAGGUGAGCGCUACGUUUACAAAUUCGUGUGUGAGCCGGAGGCACUGAUCUCCCUCGCAUUCCCUGACAAUCAGCGGCCUAGUGUAAAGGCCGAGUUUGAGCGCUAUGUCAACGAGGAAGACACGGUGCCACUGUCUCACUUGGACGAAGGAGUGUCUUACCCCUCCGAAGCCGCUGCCACCAACUUGGGCCCUCAGCCCUACUCCAAAGGCUACAUGUACUAAUGCCACCUACAGCCCCGAUAUUCCCCCCAUGCACCUAUUGCACAUGUUGGCCCCAUCCACUUGUAUAUAUAAGGCUAUGGUGUUUUUUUUUUCUUGAUUUGUUUAAAUUAAUAUCAUUAGGGAUGUCCUCUCAGCUCUGCGGCCUAUUCAAUACAAACACGUGCCUGUGGUUCAGCAAAGUGCUUAAUAAAAAGAUCCAGUUAUUAUUCCUACCAU